AUGCCGACGCCUGCCCAUGCCCUGAGCUGCAUCACGUGUCGCAGCCGCAAGGUCCGCUGCGACAAGACCCAGCCGUGCUCCGCCUGCCGCCGCUCCGGCGUCGAGUGCAUCUUCCCCGCCCAGCGCGCCCAGCGCAAGAAGCACGGCCGCCGCAAUGAGGAGCUGCUGCGCCGGCUCGACCACCUCGAGGGCCUCGUCGACCGUCUGGGCGGCGAGGUCGCCGUGACGGCCCACGCUGCGAGCGGGGAGCCUCUGCCUCAGCCCGAGCACCACCGCCCGCCCUCGCCCGCCCAUGGCGUGCCGCCCCACCCUCUGCGCCCACGCGGCCCUCCGCGCGAGGACGGCACCUACCCCGUCAUGAAGGAAGACGGCGGCCGCUACCUGGGCGAGGACUUCUGGACCAGCCUCAGCACAGAGGUCGAGGGCCUCAGGGAGCUGCUGAACGAACCAGAGUCGGACGAGGAGCCUGCCACUGAGCUGACAAGCGCCAGCCCGCUGCCCGCCCAUGAUGUCUACGAGAAGCGUCUGAUGAACAGCCUUUUUGUCUUCAGCGGCGACAUCGAGGCAACAGAUCUGAGAUGGCUCCAUCCCCCGGGCCCCCAGAUCAGAACUCUCUCCGAAGUCUACUGGGACCGUGUCGACCCUAUCUACAAGGUCCUGCACCGCCCCACCACUGAGCCGCUUCUCUUUGCUGUCGCCCAAGACAGCGCUUGCAUUCCAAAGGGCGCUGGCUACGAAGCCUUGUUGUUUGCCAUAUACUUUGCAGCAGUGACCUCCUUGACUCCAGAUGAAUGUCUUGACCUCCUCGGGAAAGAAAGAGCAAACCUCGCCGGUCAAUUCCGCCAUUGCUGUGAAAUAUCCUUGGCUAACGCCGACUUCCUCAACAGCACCGACAUGCAGGUUCUCCAGGCCUUUUCGCUGUAUCUUGUGGUUCUACGCUGCCACAACAAGACCCGCUCGGUAUGGACGCUGGUCAGUCUUGCAGUCCGCAUAGGUCAGGAUCUCAAUCUUCACCGAGACGGCGCUGUCACCGGAUUCUCUCCCUUCGAUACCGAAAUGCGGCGACGCCUCUGGUGGCAGAUUGCUGUUCUUGACAUCCGCGCCUGCGAAGAUCGUGGCUCCUUCCCUCUAAUAGACCACAGCCUCUGCAGCACCAAGAUGCCCCUCAACAUUAACGAUGACGACAUAUCCCCGGAGACGCGCUUUUCGCCCUCCGAACGGACCGGCUGUACUGAUGUGAGCUUCUCCCGCCUUUGCCAGGAGGCCUCCAUGGCAGCACCCAAGUUCUUCAGCCCAGCCCCCGCGGAUGUAGACGACGACCAAAAGCGGGACCAAUGGCAGAUGCAGAUACAACAAGAAGUCGAAAACUUCAAGGAGCGUCUGCACAACAAGUUCAUCAUGCACGUCAAUCCAUCCAUCCCGAUCCAAUUCGUCAUCUCGCAGGUUGCCCAGAUCGUCACAUCCGAAUUCUGGUUGUUGGUCCACUACCCAAUCCAAACCCGACGUUACGCGUUCAAAUCCAAAGCCACGAAGCAGGAUAUUCUGAACACGGCCAUCACCCAUCUCCGCGUCGAUUAUGGCCUCGGGCACCACCCGGCUGCAUCAAAGUACAAGUGGUAUUACGAAACCUACGUCCAAUGGCACCCUCUCGCCGUCGCACUUGCCGAGCUCUGCGUUCAGACUCGGGGCCCUCUGGUAGACGAAGCCUGGAGCAUUGUCGACGCCGUCUACGAACGCGCACGCUCCCGCGUCACCGACGUCUCUCUCUGGCGGCCCGUCCGAAAGCUCCACCAGAAAGCCCGAAGAGCUCGUGCGGCGGCGCUGCGCGGCCGUAGCGGCACAGUGACGACGGAAGACGACGAGCUGAUGAUGUCCGGUACCAGCCUUGCGGCCUCGUCAGAGUCGCCCGUGUCCGUUUCUGAAAGGUCCAUGUCGCAGCUGCCGCUUGAUAAUCUUGAGAGGUACCUCGCCACCGCCGGCCAACAGCAACAGCAGCAGCAACAACAUCAAGAUGCCUUGUACCAUUCCCCAAUGGAUGAUAACAGCAGCCUAGCCUCCUUCGUUUCGGUGCUUCCGUCAUCAGCACCAUUGCCAACAACAGCCAUGACUGCAGGACAGCCACAACAACACCAUCAACCCCAACCCCAACUCCAACCCCCGCAAAUACCAUCUCAUCACCCUCGCCAACACCCAAUACCCGCGGUAGCCGCCACUACCACCGCACCAACAACCGGCCAACAACAACAACAACAACAACAACAACAACACUUGGAUAUGCUCUCCUCAACCGCCGCCGUGGACCUGUCCGGCAUGACUCUCGACGCGGGGGUAUACGGCGACCCCGUCAACUGGCAGGACUGGGACGACUUCGUGCGGAGUACCUGGGCCGCCGAGGACCCCAAUGCACAGCAGCACAAGACGAACACGCCUGAGUGGUUGCUGGAUAUGGGGAUGAGUGGGUGA